AUGCCGCAAUCGAAGCCAAGAGCCCGGCUAUUUGUGGGGCAACUUAACUUCGGCGCGACAGAAGAAGACAUUCGUGCCAUCUUUGACUUCUACGGGCACGUAUUGAGUGUCAACUUGCUCCACGACAAGUCUAAGAAUCGUAGUAAGGGCAGUGCAUUUGUGGAAUACGGCUCAACCAGCGAGGCCGACUGCGCCAUCCGCUCCCUUCACAACCGCUACUACAUGGAACGUGAUAAACCACUGCAGGUGUCGUACUGUGAGCGGUCCGAAUUGAUUUCGGACUUUGGGUGGCAGCAGGCGCUCCAACUACACCAGGAGAACAGUGCAAAUCCUCCCCCGCCUGAGCGGCCCAUCUCCCCUCAAGUCAGACGUUAA